UCUGCGUUUAUUGUUGAAGAGGUCAGUAACAUCAUUAAAGAGUCGAUAGAAGUGUCAAUUGGUUCUAGUUCUUAUCAUCUAAAUAAAGUCAAUCAGUGGACCUCAAAUGUUGUCGAACAAUGUCUCAAUCAAUUGUCUAAACUGGGAAAACCUUUCAAAUACAUUGUUACCUGCGUGAUAAUGCAAAAGAAUGGAGGAGGACUGCAUACAGCAAGUUCAUGUUACUGGGACAAUGCUACUGAUGGAAGUUGUACUGUGAGAUGGGAGAACAAAACGAUGUACUGUGUUGUGAGUGUUUUUGGACUGGCUUUGUAG